CUCCCGCGAAUUCACGAUCAAAUUGAGCAAAGAGCAAACCCUUCCUCCGCCACCGCACCGCCGUUCGCCGCCGAAAUUCGAGAGUCUCUGACUCGCAUCUGCUAGAUUCUGUGAUGGAGAAGUUUGUGGCGAUAUUCUGGGCCAUCAUAGGCUGCACCUGCAGCUUCCUUUGCCCCCUUUUCCUAGGGCGGGACGACUGGCCAGCCAUUGGCGAUACGAGCCGUGUUCAGCUGGUUGUGAUGCUUGUUAGCUGCACUGCUGCAGCUGGCGCUUAUCUCGCAGGAUAUGCAUGCAGGCCCCGUGAUACUGAGGGUACAGGGCUGAGGGAUGCGCUUCUCCUCAGCAUCUGUUGGAUGGUCUUCGUGGCCUGUGACCCCUCGCCCAACACUGUGGGGCUCGUGUUGCUGUCUGAAGCUGUAUACAUGCUGCUGGAGAUGGCCAGACCCAUCUCUCAGAUCUACAUCAUGCUAUUCUGCUUUUACGGUGCUUACAUACCUGUUAUGACUGAUGUUCUUCGUGAUGGUUGGGAUUGUCGCUACCUUACCCAGCCUCUGCUGCUCACUCAGCCCAUGAUCAUUCACAGCUUAAGUUGUAAGAUGUCACAGUUGCUAGAAGGAAAGAGAAAGAGAAAGAGAAAGAGGGAGUAGGAGUUUGGAGCUUAGCUUGGUGGUGUAGUUGUGAAUCUUGACUGCUUGAAUCUUAGUUUCUUACUUUUGCAAAGAAACUUGAAUCUUGUUAAUGAAUUAGGAAAUAUGAUGCUGGCUAGGUCUUGUGGCCCUUUGUGUAGCUUGAGCAUGUAACGUUUUCCCGAAUAUGUACGUACCUCGACUUUUGUGCAGCGAUGAAUGUAGAAAAAAUGUUGAUAAA